UCCCUCAAACGUUUAUUAAAAGCUGUUUUCUUUCUCAAAACUAAAACAGGGGUAUGCUGCUAAGAAGUUCUUCAACUCCGGUUCUUGGAUCACUCGUAUCUUCCAUAGCUGCUGAUAGUCCUAACAACAACAAUCACUACCAUGAAACCAGCAGCCCCUUCAGGCACUACCCAUCAAGCUCCUUUCAUGGCAACAGACUCUCAUUUCAUCCCUCUCCAGGCUCAGUCCAUCUCUCUACUGUAGCUUCUUGUGGUUCCUCUCCUAUAUCUCCUUCCGUUGUCGACCAGAGUUCGGAUUUCGAACUCAAAGGUUUUCGCCGGGCGCAAUCUGAUGGGAACUUGGAAGGACUCGCCUAUUCUGCUCGCAAUGGCAAUGAUGAAUUCUACAAUCAGAACCACCCCAAGAAGCUGCCUGCAAGAAACAAGUGCUUGAUGUUGCAAACCAUCCCUUCCUUUUCGUUCUAUAAUUCAGGCGCAAGGCGUGAGGAAGAAGACGAGAGUGAUUUUGAAGGAGAAGAGGAAGAGGAGAUGGAAGAAAAUGAAGAAAAGGUAACGGCUGCUUUAAAUGGUAGUAGCCAUGGAUUCAACUCAAUCAGCUUGGAGAACCUGUCGUUGAAUGAAAAGGUUGAAGUCACUGAUGAAAAAGGGUUGGUGGGUGUAGAAAUGUUUCUUCCUAUAGGAGUUGAGGCAGCAAUGGAUGGUGGUAACAGGAGUGGUGGUGGUUGGGGUGGUGGUGGAGGUGAGUUUAACUCAGCAGGCUCUAAUGGAGAUGGUGAAAUCGAGGAGUAUUACAAGAGAAUGGUGAAGGAAAAUCCAGGGAACGCAAUAUUUUUGAGGAAUUAUGCUCAGUUUUUGUAUCAGUCAAAGAGAGACCUUCAAGGAGCAGAAGAGUAUUACAGUCGAGCCAUUCUAGCAGAUCCGAAAGACGGUGAAACCCUGUCGCAAUACGCCAAGUUAGUGUGGGAGCUACACCGUAAUGAAGAAAGAGCUUCAAGCUACUUCGAACGUGCAGUUCAAGCAUCUCCUCAAGAUUGCCAUGUUCAAGCAGCUUAUGCUAGUUUCCUCUGGGAAACAGAGGAAGACGGAGAUGAAUGUGCAGUGCCUAGCGAAAUCGGUAGCAUUCCCGGAGCCCUGGCAAGCGCUUAAGCAGCCUGCAAAUGCACAAUGAGGGAACAUGUCCAGUAAAAGUGUACACGUUAUAC